AUGGCAUCAGGGGCUUUCUCGCUGCGUUUCAGGGGCAACACCAAGGUGGAGGAGGCCUGUGAAAUGUACACCAGAGCUGCCAAUAUGUUCAAGAUCGCCAAAAACUGGAGUGCUGCAGGAAACGCGUUCUGUCAGGCGGCCAAGCUGCACAUGCAGCUGCAGAGCAAACACGAUUCGGCCACCAGCUUCGUGGACGCGGGGAACGCCUACAAAAAAGCGGACCCGCAAGAGGCCAUCAACUGCUUAAAUGCAGCUAUUGAUAUCUACACCGACAUGGGGCGAUUCACGAUCGCUGCCAAGCACCACAUCACCAUUGCGGAGAUCUACGAGGCCGAGCUGGUAGACAUUGAGAAGGCGAUUGCACACUACGAGCAGGCUGCAGACUAUUACAAAGGAGAGGAGUCUAACAGCUCAGCCAACAAGUGUCUGCUGAAGGUGGCUGCCUACGCCGCACAGCUGGAGCAGUACCAGAAGGCGAUAGAAAUCUAUGAGCAGGUUGGAACAAACACGAUGGAUAAUCCUUUGCUCAAGUAUAGCGCAAAAGAGUAUUUCUUCAAAGCUGCUCUGUGCCACUUCAUCGUGGAUGAGCUGAACGCCAAGCUUGCGCUUGAGAAAUACGAAGAAAUGUUCCCCGCGUUCACAGAUUCACGGGAGUGCAAGCUAUUGAAA